UCAUAAAACUCGUACAAUAACAGUCCUAAACCCUUUGUUUAGAUCUCAAAGCCCUAAAAUCGCAAUUCUACCAGUCUUCUUCGCCCCGCCGCCUCUCCCUACUACUCUCACCGGAGAAUGAGUUCCCCCGCCGCUCCUCCACCGUUAUACCACUCGAAAAUCGACGCAAAGAACGUCAACAGAGCCUUAAAGUCUCUCCUAAAAUGGCGUGACUCCAAAUCCAACCCACAGAACUCAUCAGAGCCCCUCGAUAACAACAACAACAGCGACGACGGCGGCUUCGUCUACCUAGUCGUAACCCUAAAGAAGCCUCCUCAAAUCGACCGCACCAAUCCGAUAACGAUCCCUCUCCCUCACCCUCUAAUCGACUUAAUCGACUCCCCUCCGGAGCUUUGCCUAAUCAUCGACGACAAGCACAAGAACAAAAUCACGAAGGAGACGGCUCUGAAGAAGAUCGAAGCGGAUAACGUCCCGAUCACGACGGUGAUCAAGGUCUCGAAGCUGAAGGCGGAGUUGAAGAAGCUGGAGGCGGAGGAAGGGAGGCGCCACGAGCUCUUCUUCGCGGAGAGGAGGCUGAUGCCGAUCUUGCCGAAGCUUCUGGGGAGGGAGUUUGUUAAGAGGAAGAAGAGUCCGAUCGCGAUUAACUUGAGGAGCGGGAACUGGAAGGAGCAGGUUGAGAGAGUUUGUGAAUCGGCUUUGGUCUACGUGGGAACGGGGACGUGUAGCGUUGUGAAGGUGGCGAAGUUGUCUAUGGGGAGGAAGGAGAUUGCGGAGAAUGUUGUGGCGGUUAUGGAGGGGAUCGCGGGUUCGAUUCCUGGGAAGUGGAGGAAUGUUAAGUUGUUUCAUUUGAAGUUGCUUGAAAGCUUGGCUUUGCCGGUUUAUGAAUCAGUUUGAGAUAUGGAGAGCUAUUGAAUGUUUUGGUUGGUUACAAGUUUUUGGGUUAAUUUUAGUGGAGUUUUCUCUUAUAUGAUGUGGCUGAAAGUGUUUAGAUUAUGCCGAGAUUGAACUGAACAGAACCAUUACAAUGCAACAUGUGAUUUGAAUGCAGAAAAAACACUUCCUUUUCA